AGACUGCCCUCAAGUGUGUGGAGGUGAAGCUAAAGUUAUCCAGCGGCCAGCGCUUUCUUCUCUUUACUUCACUUAUCCAUUUCUUCGCCUUACCCUCGCUUUGUGCUGCACAUUCCUUCCUUCUUCCUCCUCCCGUAUGGCUUGCUCCGCCGCCUCCACCGCCCUUUUCUCCUCCAAUCCUUCCUCCUUUCCCGCCAAGUCCAAUGCUCCCAUUGCUUCCACCCCUUUCUCCCGAACCCUAGCCCUUCCCAAAUCUUUCGUCGGUCUUCGCAAAUCCUUCCAGUCUUCCGCUCCUCGUUCAGUCUCUUCCUCCCGUGGACUUCGUUCCAGACGGAGCUUUGCUGUCCGGGCUUCUAGUGAACUUCCAUUGGUUGGAAAUGUAGCACCAGAUUUUGAGGCAGAGGCUGUUUUUGAUCAGGAAUUUAUCAAGGUUAAACUUUCUGAGUACAUUGGGAAGAAAUAUGUGAUUCUCUUUUUCUACCCAUUGGACUUUACCUUUGUUUGUCCCACAGAAAUUACUGCUUUCAGUGACCGGUAUGAAGAAUUUAAGCAGCUAAACACAGAGGUUUUGGGUGUUUCAAUUGACAGUGUUUUCUCACAUCUUGCGUGGGUCCAAACUGAUAGAAAGUCUGGUGGCCUUGGUGAUCUUCAGUAUCCACUGGUUUCUGAUGUCACUAAAUCAAUUUCAAAAUCUUAUGGUGUGCUGAUCCCAGAUCAGGGAAUUGCACUGAGAGGCCUUUUCAUUAUUGACAAGGAAGGAAUUAUCCAACACUCCACUAUAAACAAUCUUGCUAUUGGUCGGAGCGUUGACGAGACGAAGAGAACUCUCCAAGCCUUACAAUAUGUGCAGGAGAACCCCGACGAAGUCUGCCCUGCUGGAUGGAAACCCGGGGAGAAGUCGAUGAAGCCAGACCCCAAGGGUAGCAAAGAAUACUUCUCUGCUGUAGCCUAAUAUGUGUGAGAUGGUCUAAGAAGUCUUGAGUCUGGUGCGAUGCCAUUGCCAUUUUAGUUAUUUAAAUUUUGCUUUGCCGCUUGUGGAACAAAUUGGUUAACGAGGCUCGAGUCAUCUCAUUGGAUAUAGAGUGUUCAAUUUGUCAUCUUUAGAUGAAUGAAGCAGCAAUAAAUUGAUAGGCUCUCAGCAAUAGUUUGUUUUGUAGAAUUAUUAUCCGUGAUUUGCUAUGCCAUCAAUGGUUUCUGUCGAUGAACUUUAAAAAUUACUCAAUCCGAAACCAACUGAAUCUUCAGUUUUAAUAA